AUGGAAGAUGAUAAUUUACAGUACUCUUCAUCAGUUCAGUCAUUUGAUAAACUACGUGCUGACCAAUCUGAAAGCCCAGUAUUAGAGAAUGCAUAUACUAGUGAAGAAAGCAACAAUGAACAGCUUAAAAAACCAAUGCAUAAAAAAACAAAAUUGGGCCAUAGAGGUGGAUCAAAAAAACAAAGUUGGGUGUGGAAAUAUUUCAUAUCAGAAAAUGUAAUUGAAACUCUAGAAGGGUCUAAAAAUAUCAAGGUUGAAGUUAUAUAUGGUAUUUGUUGUAUAUCGAAUGAUUCAGGAACAAAAUACGGUGCACGAUUAAAGAUAUUAGGUGGAUCAACCUCAAAUUUAAUAUCUCAUUUAACAAACAUCCAUGAUAUUAUAUCAAAUGGACCUAAAUUAUAUGAAGAAGAUACAUCUCGUAACAGACAAGGGUAUCUUGGUGUUACCUGCUCGUGGCUAGAUUCUGAUUUCAAAAUCCACAAAGUAUUACUUUCUCUUACAUAUGUCAAAUAUCCUUAUAUUGCUGAUGUCAUUAAAGAAAAAUUAGAAGAAGUAAUUGAAGAAUGGAAUCUUACAGGAAAGUUAGAUUGCUCUAUAGACUAUCCAGACGAAUCGAAUUAUGUAAACUUUGAAACAAUUGACUUAGUAUUCGAUGAUAAUGUUGGAUAUAUUGAUGCACAAGAAGAGGAAGAAGGUAGUUCUAAAGAUCAAAAAAUUAAAAUCAAUACACCCAUUGAUGUCACUAAUAUGCAACACAAAAUUAAGAAUGUAUUAUAUAAUGCACUUUUACACUAUUGGGAUUUGUCAGAUAACGAAUUAUUCCUUGCAUACCUUCUGGAUCUGAGGUUUAAAAAAUUAAGAUUUGCAACAUCAACCCAACAACUUCAAGCCAAAGCUGCCUUUUGA